AUGUCUCCUCUUUCCAGUCGAACCACGUCUACUGCGCAAGAAGACGAGUACUUCCCGUCUUUUUUAACGGCUCUGCAAUCGACGCCCAAGGCCGAUAAGUCCAAGGAGAGUACUCCUCACUCUCGCUCUGAGACAUCACUGCUGUUUUCUAAUGGAAAACCACGUCUGACUUUUGCGGAGAGCUUGUCCAUGAACCGGAACAAGCAGCAGAGCGUGGAAAUGCCCGAGGACUCACCAUUUAACUUUGGUGGCAGCUACCAGGACAAAUUGGGCACUCGGAGACGCAAGAACGCAUCAUCUCAGGGUGCUACCAAUAGCAACAAUACUCAAGACGAAGAUAUACUACCACCACCGACGAUGUCGCUGCUGGAUCCGGUCGGCUUCGCAGCAGGAUCUCACAAUGUGGACGACGACGAGGCGGCCGCAAUGGCGGCGGCUGCUCGACGUAGUGCAGCAGUGCAGCCUUCGUACUACCCAAACGUGCAUGCUGACGAGUGGGGUCAGGACAAACAGUAUUGGGUCACGGUGUUUGGCUUCCCGUCGAGUGCCAAAUCUUUUAUCCUACACCAGUUCCAGGCCGUGGGGGAGGUCGUGAACUACUCCAGCAGCACCGGUGGCAAUUGGCUGCACCUGCGCUACCACACAAGACUGCAGGCAGAGAAGGCACUGGGCUAUGACGGACGAACGCUUGCGAACAACAUUAUGGUUGGUGUUAAAAAGUGCUAUUCGUCUGAUAGAGACGCAAAUGCCCUCAACGAGACACCUACGUCUAGCUACUUCGGUGCGCAAGCACGACAGAGCCUGGGAUCCCGGAACGUAGAGGUGGACCCUACUGACGCCGACAUCAUGCUGCCUCCGAGGCGCCAACAGGACAUGUGCUCGCGGCUUUUGAACUAUCUAUUUAACUGGUGA